AUGAAACCGUACAAUGAUACGGAUGCCAAUGACUUGAUUUUACGUGCUAAUGCUGCACCUAAUUAUACGGGUGGUUUCAAUGAAAUUAUGCAACAAAUGAAAGCCAAGACCUAUUAUACGCAACAAUUUCAACGGAUUCAGCAACAAACGAACAUGAGUCGAUUACUCUCUUUUUCAAACGUCACGCCAACAUUCUAUGAAUCAACUUAUCUAGCAGUUAGUCAAGAUUCAUCCGUCUUUCGAGUUCGUGCUUGUUUUUUCAUUGGAUUUGUGGGACUUACGACACUUUACAUGAAUGAAUGGCAAUCGGAUAAAUGGUCCAAGUCCGACAUAACUGGACGUUCGAAGGAGGAUGAAAUGGCGAUUAUCGUCAUGACAUUUGGGAUCAUGUUGCCAUCGUUUGUCCUUGGAUUUCUUGCUACGUUUACAAGCAUUGGACGAAAAUACUUGGAAAAUAUCACGGCGACGGUGUUUGUAAUUGUUGCUGCCAUGAUGAUUGCCAAGAAGCCAGUGGAAAAAGUGAAAGGGCCUGUAAUUCCAUUGCUUAUUUUACUCAUCCCUAUUUUUGGUAUUACCAGGAUGCGUUAUGUCACGUCAUGCUGCAUUGGUUGGGGCCUUUUCUUUAGUUACUUGAUUGUUAUGAUGAGCGUGCGCAACACGCUGCCAAUUCCCAGCACCUUUGAUUCGUACACGGAUAUCUCGUACCAGGCCAUUAACUACGGCAUUACAACUAUUGGUGGAAUGGUAUCACAAUACCGUCAAGAGCUCCUACGUCGUCGAAACUUUUGUCUACAACUGCCGUUUUCGGGAGCUAUGGAUGCUGAUGCUGUUGCAGAGAUCAAGACGGACAAGUUUAGCAAGAAGGCGUUGAUGCAUAACUGGUCACUCAAGUUUCGCCAUCCCGACGUCGAGGAGUGCUUCUAUCGCUACUGGUACCUCAUUGAUCCGUUCCCGUACGAAAAUCCGAAUUCCGGAUCACUGCAUCAGGGUGUGUUCCGUACCAUUCGAUUUGCCGUUUUGACGCUGCUGCUGAAUCAACUUGUGCUGCUAUUACAAGAUGUUAAAUUUCUCAAGGUCAAAAGAGACAACUUGGUGGACGACAGCGAUUUGACGUACGCUCUCGUGCUUCGAUUUGGUGUAACGGUGCCGCUUUACUUCUCGGCGGCACUGUUCAUGUACUUUCUCGGCAAAGCUUUUUACGCUCGAUGGGUAAAGGAGGCUGAAGAUGCCAAGAACGCUGCGCUUACAAGAGACUCGACGCUUUCAGUUGGCGUUAAGCACCUGGGUGGAGAUUUUGAGACAAAGAGUGAUAUAUUGGUGGAAGCCGAUAGAUCGACGCAGGAUACAGCGCGCAUGAAGCAUGUCGUGGAAACGGCUUAUAUGAAGCAUACGACAAAGGAACGUAUUUAUGACGUACUUAUCAACAAGGGCGGAUAUGUGCGAUCGACGCAGAUUUUCUCGUCGGUCGUGAUUGCUUGCCAUGUCUGCUGCAUGGGCAUUCUUUUAUUGGCUGUGUCAACAGGUCCAAACGUUGACGCGUAUGUGAAAACGCAGAAAAGCUUUCCCGGUCAGCCCAAGCCAGUGUACUACAUGGGUUUUCUGAAUGCUGUGCUGUUUGCCCACCGAUCCGGCUUCCGUGUGCGCUUCAUCUACGCAACGUACACGACUUUUGUUGUAGCUUUAGGUAUUAUCAUUGCUGCCAGCAGUCUGGCACCGGCUCAUUAUCAGCAAUACGCAGGCUAUGUGUCAGUGAUUCUUCUGAUGGGAAUGAUGAUCUCGUAUGAAGAGGAAAGUUUGCGUCGCACGUUCUUCGUGCUCAAGUCAAUUCGAACGCUCGAGUUUGAAGAGUGGUUUAGCGUUGUGCUGCGCAUACAAGGCUGGGUGCGGGAACGCUUUCGCAAGAAGUUGCAUGACGUGCGCUCCAAGGGUAGCAAGGAUAUGGACAGCAUGCAGAAGAUCGAGUCUGCUGUGCCACUUACUAUCAACACAUCGGCACAGAUGGCUUAUGCUUCCAAACUCGGAAUGUACACGCAGAUAUUUAAUAUCAUCAUUGCCGUAGCAGACGUCAUUACCAGCAGUCUGUAA